AUGAUGCAUGCAUGUUGUAUUAUAUUAGUCAUUCAGCUGCUCUCCCUCUCUGGGGCUAUGGAGAGCGGCAUCGUGGGUGGUAGGGUUGCAAAGCCUCAUUCUAGACCCUACAUGGCAUCACUGCAGGUCCGUGGAUACCAUUUAUGUGGUGGGAUACUUAUUCGGGAGGACUUCGUCCUAACUGCAGCACACUGCAGACAACAUGGGCAAAUGACAGUGGUACUUGGAGCACACGACAUAACCAAGAAGGAGAACAGUCAGCAAAGGAUUGACGUGGAGUACCAUCCACAUCCGAAAUUCACUGGAGAAUACGAUUAUGACAUCAUGCUACUUAAAAUGCACUAA